CUCUUCCUGUCUCUGCAGCUGGGAUAAAUUCACACGGCCAGAUAAGUAUCUUCAGUCACCCCAGCUCCCUCCCCUUGACCCUCAGGGCGAGGCCGGUUGUGUCAGAGACACACACCGCUUCCCUCCUCUCUCGCACCCGCACCGAGAAACCCCAAACCGCAGGGGAAGCCGGGCUUGCACGGGUUGCUGACAGCCAGGAACCAUCGGGCCGGGAAAUUUUCCCGGGGAGGCCCUUAGUGGGGCACCACCGGAGCCGAUUCCUGUCCCCGAGGCUGGGCUGAGCUGAGCUGCGGCUGCGGGCGCCCGGAUCUCAUUAUGCUGGGCUAUCUGUAUAUCCUAUCCCAAUGCCACAGUCUAGCUCCUCUGACUUGGAAAAUGCAGUUCAUUUGACCCUGAAUCAAUAAAGGAAGGUAAAACUGGAUUUCCAGUCCUCGAACUUCCUGUGAUCUCCUGGAUGGAGCAAGAGGAAGAGCCGUGCAUCCUGGAUAUCCAGGGCUCCGAGGAAAGGGAGAUCCAGAGAGACACACCCACAGGUGACAGGGCGGCAAGUGAGGAUGAGGUGAAUCCUCAGCAGGAAGUGGAGCCGUGUGGGACGGUCUCGGGGCUUGUUCCAGCCUGCCAGAGCCAGGGUGGACCAGGGAGGCUGCGUGUGAACCCUCCGAAGAUGAGGCGUCGCCGGUCUGCCCACCGUGAGAGGGGAUUCAUCAACCUGCUGGGCAUCCUGGAGCCCCGGCGCCCGGCAGACAAGCCCUACCGGUGCACAGAGUGCGAGAAGAGCUUCAGCCAGAGCUCGAAUCUCAUCGAGCACCAGCGGAUCCACACGGGCGAGCGCCCCUUCACCUGCAGCGAGUGCGAGAAGAGCUUCAGCCGCAGCUCCACCCUCAUCGAGCACCAGCGCACGCACACGGGCGAGAAGCCCUACACCUGCCCCGAGUGCCAGCGCAGCUUUAGCCGCAGCUCCACCCUGACCGAGCACCAGCGCACCCACACCGGGGAGACCCCUUUCCACUGCCCCGAGUGCGGCAAGAGCUUCAGCCGCACCUCCAACCUGGUGAAGCACCUGCGCACCCACACGGGCGAGAAACCCUACGGCUGCAGGGAGUGCGGCAAGCGCUUCAGCCUCAGCUCCAACCUCAUCAAGCACGAGCGCACCCACACCGGGGAGAAGCCCUUUGCCUGCGGGGAGUGCGGCAAGCGCUUCAAGAAGAAGACCCACCUGGUGUCCCACCACCGCACCCACACCGGGGAGCGGCCCUACGAGUGCACGGAGUGCGGCAAGCGCUUCAGCCAGAGCUCCACCCUCAUUGAGCACCAGCGCAUCCACACCGGCGAGAAGCCUUUCCGCUGCCCCGACUGCGGGAAGUGCUUCUGCGUCAGCUCCAACCUCAUCAAGCACCAACGCAUCCACACCGGAGAGAAGCCCUACGGCUGCAGUGCCUGUGGGAAGAGCUUCCGCUACAAGCCCCAGUUCACCCGCCACCAGAAGCUGCACCAGGGGGACGGGGAGGAGCCAGUGGCCGUCCUGACCCUGGGACCCUGGGCUACAGCAGCCCCGCUCAUACAGAUCACGGAGACUGUUUAAAGCGGGCAAGCUCCCACCCCGGGGAUGAGGGGGAUCAGGGACUAGAGUCAGCGUGUGGUUGAGCUCUGUUAGGCCAAGCGCAGAGCUGGAAUUGACGUGUGUUUCUCCAAGCUGUUUGGCCCAGCUCUGAUUCACUUGCAGCUGGAGUUUCUCUGAUUCCUGUUUUAAGAAUAUGGGAAUUCCUGAUGGGCUCGUCUAGCUCCGCAUUCUUCCCCCAACACUCCCGCGCAGACCGACGUGGUAUUCCUCCUCCUGCUUCGCUACAUCUAACCCUGUAUCCCCACUCCUUGCUAUUCCACAUCAGACUAAUGGGCCCAUCUAACCUGAUACGCCUUCUUCCCUGCUUCCCCAGAUCAGAUCAAUAGGUCUGUCUAGUCAGUAUCAUCCCCCUUUCCUGGUGGAUCAAAAUAUCUGAAAGUUUCCCAUUCAGCUCCCUGCUGCCCCAAGUCAGCCCGAUGGGACUGUCUAGCCCAAUAUCCCCCCUACUCCUUGCCAUGUUGGAUCAGACUAAUGGGCCCAUCGAGCCCAAUAUCUCCCACGCCCAUCCCUGCAGCACCAGUUCAGACUACUGGUCCAUCUGGUCCAGUAUCCUACCUCCAAGAGUGGCCAAUGCUAGAUGCUGCAAAGGAAAUGUUGAAUGCACUUCACUCUGCUGUGUACCAUUGAGGGAGAAAGCAGUUCCUUCCGGACUGCAACUGGCUCUCGGCUUCCAUGAUGGAUCAUGAGGGUCAAAUGUCCUUGACGUUUCAGUGUUUAUCCUGUCCAUUGUCACUGCAGGUGCUAUUCUUAUUCCUACAAACAUCAAAUCCUUAUUUUUUUUAAUGAUUUAGUGAGAUACUUGCCUCCAUAAUAUCCUGCUGCAGGGAAUUCCACAGGUUAACAAUAUCACUUUCUAUUGCCAUUCCCUGUCAAUACAGCGGAGGAAAUCCCGCAAAGCAGGCCAAGUCCUUUGGAAGGCUGUUGUUUCUUAGGUCUUGACUACAAUUAGUUUGCGGCAGCAGGGUGUCAGUCUACUCUGUGCUAGCCUGCCACGGACUAGCUGUCCCUGUGGACCUUACUGACACGUAUUAGUAGUUCAUUAAUGCACUUUGAUCUAGUUCAAUUUCAAAGAAGACUUUCUGCCAACAUUUAGUCUGCAGCAAGCUAGUGUGGAGUCGAUUCACAACCCAGCUUGCCACAAACUAAAUGUUCGUGUAGACAAACCCUUAGACUGGACAGCAAGUUCUUGAGCUGGCAGCCUCCACUCUUACAGGAUCUGGACAGGCAUCUGAGGCCUAAUGCCACUGCAAAAGGAGCAAAUGUCUGGAAGAUCAGAGGUUGAGUGGAACCCCCCCCCCCCCACUAGAAUCUAAAAACAUUCUAGUUAUUGCAAGAGGUGGGGACCUUGAGUAGGUAGCAUGGCUUGAAGCCAUCACCAUUUGAUGGUAUAGGAGUCCCUUACAUGGAACGACUUGAUUGGGUCUCAGUCUUGUUCUUAGCAGGAUGGGUGUGUCUGCCACAAAAUCGCCAUUACAUUGGCACUAAGUAGCUCCGUUGUUGGCAGUAAGGCUAAAGCCUGAAAAGGGGCCGAAUUCACCUUUGCCCCUUAUGGAGGCAGUAUCGUAAUAUGAGGCACAAAGGCGUUGUGUGUCCCUGUGCUACCCAUUCGGGGGGAUAUGCCAAGAGCUUCGGUCUGGUGCCCUCCAUUUUGUCUUGUUUCAUCCAAACUGGCUGGAGCAGGAUGUGGCCACGGCUCACAAAGCUGCGGGGAGCGAGGCAGGGAUGCCAGAGGGCAGAAGGAGCGUUUCAGAUUCCAGCUCGGACUGGGAUCCCCAGGAGCUCAGGAGAGACCAGGAGACUCAUUGCUUCUCCUGGGAAAUUGGAUGGAGUGAUUUGUUAAGACAAGUGUCCUCUUGUCUUCUAGACAUCAGCCACUGGGGGAAAUAAACCAUCUUCCUGUCUCAGAUGGUUAGACUAGAUGACCCUUGUGGUCCCUUCCAACCCUGUGGUUCUGUGAUUCUAUUUUUUUGGACAAACCCACAGGCACCUGCCAAGAUGGAGCAAGUAGAAAGGUUUUUGCCUGUACACUGCACUGGUUCUGUCCCCCUCCAAGGCUAAGAACGUGGUGCAUGACUGGGCAGAGGAUGCUGAUGCUAUGUGAGAGCCAAGGGAGCCUGUGAACUAUGGGGAGAUGGAUUUGAUCUGGACAGAUGUCUCUCUAUUUCCCCCCCCCCCUUUUUUUUUUACUGUAAAGCGUGGGAAUUAAUCUCUAUUUGAAUGGGGGGGGAAGAGUGGUAGUGGGGAGUGCCUGAAUGUUGAGGUCACCUAAUGGCUCUCUUCAGCGACUGCAGAAUCUCAGUUGCCUCCUGGACCUUCAGCCUGUAGGUCACUAAUGCAAAUCCGCCUAGGACAGUUGCAGUUAGCAUUCCGUUGACCCCUCGUAUGAAACGAGUCUGUUGAGCCUCGGUCUGCUUCCCAGCAGGCGAGCCUCCACGUCCCUUAAUCACCAGCACUAAUCCUUAGCUGAGGCUGAGGACUAAAUGGACCACAGGGACUGAGCUCCCUUCUUGUUCUCCGCCCCCAAGACAUCCCUUCAAGGCAGGGUUGAACCCGUUCUGGGAGUACACAGAGGAUCCAGCCUCCAGGGCAGGGUGAGGCACAGCGGAAGGGGCACAGGAUGCGUGUAUUGGGCAAGCUCCAUCUCACACUUCCCAGGCUCCUGUGAACAUACCUAGAGAAUCCAGUCUCCCAGGGCACCUUUCCCUGGGAUUAAAUUCACACCCAAAUAUAAACUCAAUAUUAUUUUUAAUAAAGCAAAAUGGAAACUAGGGAUAAUUCAAAGAGGUUGCUUCUGACAGGAGUUAGCCCUGUGAUUCUGGAGUGAUGAGCGCAAAGGUAGGUAGGUAGGUAGACAGGAGGUGACUCUUAGUGUAGGCUUUACUGUAUAUGGUUGCAAACCCCUGUAUUAAGAGGGAUUACUAUAUUAGACUCUUAAUGGUUAUAAAGACAACAUUCUUAGGCGCUUGAUUGUGGUGUUACAUUGCCAUAUAGACUAGUUCUUACGUGUUUUUACAGACCUACUUUGAGAUAAUGUUACAGCUGAGAUUUUAAUUCUCACACAAAAGCCAGGUUGAAAUUCAAAGCAAAGCUUUUGAUCCUGAGUAUUAACUCUACUCAUUAGGAAUAGACACUAGAAUAGGGUCCUUCCGUUACUAUGAUGGAAAAGAGGGGUGGUCUGAGCAGAGGACUGGAUAUCACGAUUCCUGGGUUCUGAUCUCAGCUCGAUGAGAGGAGUGGGAUCUAGUGGUUACAGUGUGAGGGGAAGGAGGGAGAAUUGGAAAUCAGGAUCCCUGGAUUCUAUUUCUAGCUCUGAGAAGGGAAUAGAGUCUGGUGGUUAGAGCUAGGGGGUAGCAGGAUCAAGAUUCCUAUGUUGUAUUUCCAGUUCUGUUACUGACUUGCAGUGUGACUUCAGAGGACAUAUCUCAACUGAGUUAUUCCUGAUUUACACCUGUGUAAGUGAGAGCAGAAGCAGACGCAGAGACCUUGCGAUUUGAUUCAUGCAAUGCACAGUUCUUUAUAUUCCGUUCUCAAAACACCGGAACAUCCAGUUCCUCACUAAAUAUUCUGGGUAGUACAGUCCAACACGCAUUUCCUAAACUAAAGAGUACUGUAAAUAGACCUAUGAUUAGAGGACAUUCCAAACACUAGAUGGACAAAUUGCUACAUUACUUAGGGUCCAUAGGCAGUGACACAAAUGGCAACCUGAUAUUAAAGCGGGGAAACAUUGCAUAUCCAUUGUGGUAAUGAUUUAGCACAUAGUGUCGUUUAGCAGAAUGCCAUGGGAAAUGACCCAGUGUUGAGUGAUUAUGUAAUAAAGGAUCAUACUGUUUAAUUUGAUAAAUUGGGGGCUCUUACCUGACCACAUCAGUCUGGCUCAUUCUGUCCAGUUCUGUUUUGUAAAUGUAACAGAUUUUCUUUUUGUGAAUUUUAAUAUAAACUAUGCUGACUUCUUGUUGGCUAGCCAGAUUGCACAUGCAGUACUGCCAACCCUAAGUGUUCAAAGUCCAUGAAUCAGUGUCCUCCAUCCCCCAAAAGAUAGGCUUAAAAACUCAUGACUUUUUUAAACAUGAGAAAUUUGUGGUUCUUUUUCUUUGCUUUCUUUGAGCCUUUAGAGGCCACCUUUUCACACUUUUCUCUGUAUCCACAAGGGCUAGAAACUUAUUUUUUGGAAUGAAGCCUGAGAUUUUUUACAUAGGCAGAUAAGUUCAGGAGUUGCGAUGCUAAGAAAAACAACAAGUAUUGUGUGACUUGCGAUAAAAUCACAAGAGCUGACAACACUACAUACAUGAAACAUCCACUAUAUGAAUCAAUCUAACUCCAAAACCACUUGAGAUGCUUAUGAUAACACAGGGGAUUUAGCUUUAACUGUCACUACUAGUAGGGCUAAUCUCUCUGUGCGUUGGUCACUGUAGGACUCCUAUGUCAGAGAUGCUCUUGAAUCCAUUCAUUAAAUCAAAUGUUACUGUGUCGUUUUGUGUUGGCAGACAUAACUCAGGUUCUCCGCUCUUGUGUCUCUGAUUGUUUUGUACUGACCGUAUUCCUGCUUAACUGCUCCUGUUUUCUUUCUUUCUUGUAAAACAUCAGUAGACUGUCACCGAAAAUAAAUGUGAAAGUCCCUGAAAUGUCA